AUGAAUGUUGUCAUUCUCAACUACGGAAAGCGCGACAUUUCACUCACGAUAAUGCAUUCGACAGUAUUCACCCCUUUAUGGUCUUUUUCUCUGGCGAGCCUCAUCACGAUAUUGUCUCUACGCCAAGGAAAAGGAAUCCGAAAGCUUUCACUGCUCGCCAUAUGGCCACUUAACUUCCUGUCUCUGAACACUUGCCACCACCUGACAUGGCCUGGAGGGCUCAACAGCACCUACGCCAGCCUCGUCAUCUUCUACUUUCUUCACACUCUCAAAAUCCUUGUUCUUGACCACCAACCACCAAAAUCCCCGGGUUUCAUUAACGCUUACAAGCUCUGGAACAACCCUCGAGGGCUUGAAGCCCCCCCAGUGAUAUUCUCCACUACUCACAACAAGAACCCCCAAUCCCGGCUCAGAUUCGCCAUCCUUAAGCUCGUCAAGAUCGCCCUCCUCUUCACAGCAGACACGCAUCUCGUCCAAGGUGUCAUUUCCGUAUUUGUCUUCACAGGCGCCAAACCAUCGGAUUUUGCCCCUGACUACGAAGUCUUUCGCUUCCAACCACUCACCGGUAGACAGCUCCUCAUCCGAGCCGGCAUCUCGGUGAACUGGAUCUGGACAGCGUUUUACCUUCUUGAAGCCUCCCGUUGUGCUCUCUCGAUUGCGUUCGUUGCAGUCCUGAGAUGGGAUGAACCGGAGGAGUGGCCCUCGAUCUGGGGGCGUGCGGCGAAUGCGACGUCUGUGAGGGGCUUUUGGGGGAAAGUGUGGAAUAGGAUUACGAUCCCGACGUUUGCGUUUUAUGCGGGCCUCUUCUUGGGUAUACUUGGCGUUGAGAAGAAAACAGGUUUGAGAAAGACAUUGGUACCCCUGUUUGUUUUUUUACUUUCGGGCUUGUCACACGGCUUGGGGGGGUGGGCUGUUGGUGACGGGGCGAUGGGUCGGGAUGUCUUGUUCUUUUUCUUGAACUUUGUGGCUUGUGCCGUGGAGACUUUUGUCUGGAAGACGGCGGGGUGGAAGAGUUGCAAGAGAGGGGUGCCGUCUUGGGCGGUGAGAACGGCCGGGAUGAUGUACCUGUUUGGAUUCUUCUUUAUGGUGGUGCCGCUGUGGAUGUACCCCAAGAUCUAUGUUGCUCUGGGUAUGUAG